AUGAAGAGAUGCAAACUGCAGCCCUCGGUCUGGGAGCGGAAGGCAGCGCAGCGGCCCGAGUGGCGGCGCCUCAUUCACGAUCGAGUCACCGAUUUCGAGACUGAACGCCGCAGACACACUGCUAAGUCGACAGGCUCAGCAGCAGAGACUGCCGCCAAAAGCAAGCGCCUCAAAUACUCUGCUUUGGAAGCCACCUAUGACUUCGUGCCCGUCGCCGUCGAGACUGCCGGGCCCUGGGGGCGGGAGGCGCGUGAGCUCUUCCGAGAACUUGGCAAGCGCCUCAGAGAGAAAGGGAGUGAUCCCCGUUCUGAGUCAUGGCUUGUCCAACAGGCGUACACGCGCGAACGCGAAGCGGAGAGAUUGAGAGAGCGCAUCGUUUCGCAUGGCUUUCGCGUGUUGUUCGCCUACGUAGCUGCGUCAGAAUGGUUUUUGGCGACUGGGAACACAUUCAGAGAUAUGGAAUUUACAGAAUAUCGUGGAAGAAGUACAAUUGGAAAAAUAGUUAGAGAAGUCUGUCAAGCUAUAUGGAAAAGCCUUCUAGGUAAAGGUAUACCUAGUAUAACAAAAAAUCUACUAGAACAAAUCGCGGACGAGUUUUUUAAAAACACUAACUUCCCCAAUUGUAUUGGGGCCCUGGAUGCAGACGAAGGCUUACCUUUAACGAAUAACAUAAUGCGUCCAUAUCCAGGAAAACACUUGACUAUACAACAAAGAGUUUUUAAUUAUCGCUUGAGUCGCGCAAGAAGAUACGUUGAAUGUACUUUCGGUAUUUUAGCUAAUAAGUGGCGCAUUUUUCACCGACCAUUGAAUGUCCAAUAUAACUUUGCAACAGAUAUCAUAAAGGCAUGUGGUGUUAUUCACAAUUUUGUUAUUAGUAGAGAUGGAAUUAAACCAUCUGAAGAACUACUGAUUCACGACGGUUUUUCAGAUUUACAUCAUUCAACAAAUUAUAUAUCCUCGACAAACCCAGUUAACAUAAGAAAUGAAUUCUGUAAAUACUUUUCUAGUGAUGUGGGAGCCCUUACUUGGCAAUUAAGUAAAAUAUAA